AUGGUGGCCUUCGCGCUCGCUCUGGCGUUCGCUGUCUCCGUCUAUUCGGUAACCGUCCCCAUCACCUUCGACUCGUACAGCCUCAAUGCGGUGUACUUGCCCCGCGUUAACGGAUCGCUUACCGAAACCGGUUAUUGGAACGCCAGUUUCACGGACACCCCAUGGUCUACUCGUUCCCAAGGCACUGAAGGAGCCGGACUAGGUUACCACUACGCGUCCUAUAACUCGAGCCUCGAUCCACCAUCCGUCUCGUACGGCUUUUACGGCACGGGCAUUCAGUUCUUCGGCUACUGGGGCUACCUUGGUGAGGGAAAAAUGACUGCCGGUGGCUCCGGGGAAACCACUCUGUAUAUCGACUCAGACGGAUACACCGGCGUACAGAAUAUCGCACUUGAAGGCCGUUCCGAUCAACGCCCUAUGAAGAGAGCGCAGCCUACGCUUCUGUGUCACGUCAAGGAUCUUCCCGUUGGGUUUUACACGGUGACCCUUAGGGUCACAUCCGGGACUGUUUCCUUCACGCACUCUGUGAUAGACGUGGACUUUGGGGCAACACAGCCUGAAAUUGACCUUGUGCGUCAGAAUCCUGAGGUCCGCUCUCCAAUUGUCGAAAACGCGCUGGGCGAGUCUGUGCGCAAUGAUGCCUUCGGUAACUGGAGUGGAACUAGCUGGAGCGUCAUACCUCAGCGCCGUGUUAUUGGCACAUCUGCCAUAAACGACUCUGUGGUUAUCGACCUCGGCACAGGCAACUACUGGAUGAGACUCAAAGGCGGCCGUGGUUAUUCCGGUAGCUACUUCCGCUACUCGAUUAGCCCGCCCCCAACCAUGCUUCUCAAGCAGUCUGACGACCUGCGGACGUUCGCACCGUGGGAGGUGUACAACGUAUCCCUCCUAGCCACAACCCUCGAUCCCGGUCAGCGCUACAAUCUAACGCUUACGAAUCUUAACAACAAUGGAUGGGACUACGGGGUUGAGCAGCUCAACAAUGCUGCUUCGUGGUUCGAAAUCGCAUCCCUCGAGCUUUGGAGGAAAGACAUAGUGCCUCCGCCUUCGAAAGGUCUCCCCAUCGGCGUGAUUGUAGGCAGCGUUGUGGGUGGUGUUUUCGCGACCAUUGUCGGCGUUGCCGGGGUCUGGUGGUGCGUGUGGGGCCGCUGGCGUCGCCACGGAACCAUCAGCCCGGCGGAAGGCUUUGAAGUCGACGAGUCACCCGGUGCAGUCUCAACGCCGUUCGUCACAUCCUCUUUCACAACGGAGAGUGGCCAGCCAUCGUACUUUCCUUCCCGGGUGCCUCCCAUGCGCGAUGCCCGCGGCAAGCGAGUUUCGAUGUCGUCGGGGCCGGGCGGAGAGAUGUCCAUGUCCCUCGUAUCCGAGGCUGUCUCAUCACAGAAGCUCCGUCAACUGGGAAACCAGCCGCUUUCCCCGGACCGCCGCUACUCGUCGGAUUCGAGCGGCACCAAUUUGACUCGACUUACCGGAGCCACGGUUGGGCAGUCCAAUCUCGGCAUAAGCAGCGGCAUGUCCAACCCGUUCGGCGGUGAUCGCCCCACAUUCCAAGGCCUUGACGCGGGUCCCAUCCAAUCGCCAAUGGAAGUUCCUCCUUCGUAUGACCCCGAGUGGGAGCCGCGUGCGCGCGUCGAAAGCACGGCUCGGCAGUCCACGGCCACUUUGAUGUCAAGCAGCGCCUUCGUCGAGGAACCUCAAGUCCUGUGUAAAUCUGACGCUUCUCCUGAGGGCGUUGAGCUCUCUAAGCCGAACGCGGAGGUGGACGAGGGGCAGGGUCAUGGUUCCUCUGCUGCAGAACGGGCCAGUCCCACGCCGUGA